AUGAAUCGUGCUAGCGCCAAUGACCGCUCCCGCUCCAGGAAGCGCUCAAAGCAGGACUCUCCCUCUCCUCCCCCUCCCGUUCCCUCUCCUCCACUCGACCCCCCUCCUCUCGCGCAGGCUUACCCCACCUUACCCGCAGGCGUCCCGGAGCCUCCAGACACGCCCCCACCGCUCGCGCAAGCCUAUCCCACCCUACCGCCCCCCACAGCGCCCGCUUACCCCCAACAGUCCCUCUCCGCGGCCGCAGCUAGCCGAUCAUCCAGGUCGACGCCAGAAGCAGCCUACUAUUCGCCCGUUUCAUACGCUCAUCCUUCCUUGGCUUCUGCUCCUUCCUCGUCUCACGCUUCAUAUCAUGAAGAUGUCCCCUACCCACCAUCUUCUCAGGGUAGUCGCGCCUCUUCAUUUGGGCGUCCCGGAGACGAUCCUCGUUGGCCGUACCACCACCAAGGCGAACAGUCCUACUCGGCCUCCGAGUCCGACCGCUACUCCCCUAUUUCUCCCGUGGCCAACUCGAAUGGCCAUUACCCAGAACCGGCCUCGCCCGUCGAGAGCCUCAACAGUCAUCAUCGUGCCAACGGCCAAGCGCCUGGACACGUCCAGAUGUCCCCUCACGAUUCUGUCUCGUACUUCAACCACUAUCACCAGUCGGCGCCGAGACAGUCUCAGCCGAACACCGCUGGGCCCACGAGCGCGAGCCCUCUCUCCAUCUCCCAACAACCAACCUCGUCUCAUAGACACUCGAUAGCGCACAUAUCAAACCCAAUCCGGCAACACUCGCCCACUUCCACAAACUCCGCGUCGCCCGUGGUGAGCACCCCGCCCACUCCCGGAUACGGGUACUUGCCGACAGGAAUGGGUGCCUAUGCCGAGUCCCCACCUGGGUCGCUCAGUCCGGCCACUCCCGCUCCGCCUCAACAGCACCCAUCUGCCGUCGUGCCUGUCUACAACUCGUACGAGUCCAGCUCGCUUGCGUCGGCAGGGUACUCUCAGCCGCCGCCGGGGCAGGUCCAGCACGUCCAAUCGCAACAUCCUCAGCAGCAGCAGCAGAUGUACGACAGGACGCUCCCUGCCCUCACGGCCACCCACGCGCGCGAGCCGCAGUCGACGCUCCCCCACACUCACUUCAAUUACGCGCCGCAAACCACGUAUCAGAGCGGCUCCAUGGGUUCUUCUAACCGCUACAACUCGGAGCGUCCCAUUCUGGCGCCGAUCGUGGACUCUCGCGUCUUGCGCGGUGAUGCUUCCGCCGCCGCAGGCUUGCGCUACGCGUCUGCGUCGUCUCCGCAACCCCAGCCGUUGGCGCAGCCGCAAGCUCAGCAACAGCCUCCGAUGCAGUCGCUAGCCAACGCAGGCCGAGGAUCCGGCUCGACCGCGCACCAUGCGUUCUCCUACCCGCCGCACUCGCAACAGAUUCAGACUCCUGUCCCUCAGUCGUCGCACGCCCACGCCACUGCUUCUGAGACUUCAUACACGUCUGCGGCUGCGUAUGACCACACCUCUUCCUCGACGGUCCCAACCCCAGUGUCGAGCCACGGGCAUGGCCAUUCGCACUCGCCCUCUCACAGCAACGGCCACCUGACGCAUCCAACGCACCCGUCUUCGGCGUCGUCUUCGACGCAGGAGUACUACUAUCAUGCCGUGCCCACGCACCCCCACGGGCAGAGGGAGCCCUCGCCGGAAGGGGCCGAGGUCGAUCCCGCAGCGGAUCAGUACUUGGAGCUCCAUCAGCCGCAACCGCAGCGCGCGGCGCUGCCCGCGCACGCGAGCCAUCAGUACAUCCAGCCUCAGCCCGCUGCGCCGGGCGCGAUGAUGGCGGGUCAUACCCAUCACGGACACGGGCACGGGCAUCACCAUGUCCCGCACCACCCUGUGUGGAGGAGCGUGGACGACUAUCGCGGGAGGCUCGUGCAGUGAGCGAUGGGCUGUGAGCUGUCGGUGCGCCUCGCUCUUGGGCGGGCGACGAGACCUGUCGCGCGUUCUGCUCUCCCGUCUGGUGUACCCUCGUCGGUGCCCGACUUUCGCUUCCGCUUUCGUUGUCAUCCGUAUAUUCUUUUGCAUGUGGUUCUGGCUGUAUCGAUCCGUUCAUCAUCAUCACUCCGCCUUUCAUACUCGAGCCUCACGUUCCGUGCCGCCGUUCAUAUCUCUCCACCGUCGCUCAAUGCUGUCCAUGUCCAAAAUCAUCGUACUUGCACAUCUCUCGCAUAUACUCUUCAUAUAGUCGACCCACCACGCUAUUAUCUCCACCACACCAUGCACUUCCCCCAUCCGUCACGUUGCUGUCUACUAAGUACUAUAGUACUCUGAGUUCCUGCCCGGGCACGCGCGUGCGCCGCCGCCCGUGUGCGGGAUAUUUAUAUCUGUUCGUUGUACAGGCGUCCACCCACUGUCCUCAUGCCAUGUUUGAUAUCAUCGACCAUCUCCAUAAGUAUCCACGUACAUCAUGUUCUAUAGUAAUCUCCCGGUCUCCGUGUCCCGUCAUGACUCGCCUCCUCGACUCUCCUCCGCCCCUGGCUCUCUACUAUCGUACUGCUUCCGCUCGCUAGUGUAUCGCCCUGCUACUGCUGCCAGGUUCUGGUUCGGCUCUGUGUCCCGCUCGGACUCGUACAUACCAGUGUCUUGUAUAUAUCCC